UUAGAAAUACAUGCAAGCAUGUGUGGAGAAAGAGAUCAACAUGUCCGUCUGGAUGAGAAAACUGACAUGGGCCACAACGAUGGAAAGGCAAUGGAGAGGCAAUUCGAAAGUGUUGAUGACGUAUUGGACACAAUCUCUGGAAGAGUAGACGUAGAGAAACGUUUCAAUAUACAAAUCUCACGAACAAACAUUCUCGAAAGAGGCCUUCUACAGUGGCAGCGUCAAAAAGGCAGUUCACCCACAGCUACCCUGAACGUGACCUUCUUUGGGGAGGCAGGAGUCGACACAGGAGCCCUCCGAAAAGAAUUUCUCACAGAAGUGGUGGCAGGAAUUGAGGGUCGUUUCUUUGAAGGACCUCAACAGCAGCGGAUCCCACGGUACUCUCUGAAUGACUUAGACAGUGACCUCUACAGGACAGUGGGAGAGAUUUUGGCUGUUAGUUUGGCACAAGGUGGCCCCGCCCCUGCCUUCUUCAGCCCAUGGACUUACAGUUACCUCUGUAGUGGACGUAUAAACCAGAAGGUUCUCAACAGUGAUUCAGUGGCAGAUGUCCAGCUGAGAGAGUUAAUUGACCAGGUUGAGUCGGCGACUGAGCAUUCAAUUAUAGGCCUAUCUGAUGAAAUAUUGAAUUGUGGAUAUACUGGAAAUGUCUCCAUUCCAAACAAGGACACCAUUGUUCGUUCCAUCAUACUCCACGCAGUGCUGCGGCUGCAGCCUAUGUUGGAACAACUAAGGGAAGGCUUGCAGCUGUAUGGACUCCUUUCACUGAUGAGUCAGUACCCAGAUAUCUGCCAGCCCUUGUUUGUUUCUGGGGAAGAUGUAAAAGUCAAUGCAGAGUUUGUCAUGACAUCCAUUCUUCCUCAACUGAGUGACAAAGGGACUACCAGGCAUCAGGUUGAGCUGGAGAUGAUGAACUUCAUUCAGGACUUCCUAUAUGAAGCUGAAGAUCAUGGGCAUGUAGAUAAAGAUGGCCUACAUCCCAUCACACCUGCAACGUUUCUGCAGUGGAUCACAGGCCAGGGUCACGUCCCACUUCUUCCCUCAGAGAAGAAGGACUUUGCAGUUGUGAUCCAAUUCAAUCAUGACUGCAGUGCAGACUUUGGGCAUCACAGUGUCUGUUACCCUGUUGUGACAGCAUGUGCCAAGACAAUCACCUUACCUGUGAGACAUAUGAGGCCCUAUGAAAAAUUCAAAAACAUCCUGACUGAAGCGUUUCAAUUAGGCCAAGAAUUUAGCAAUGUGUAAUAAGGUAACCAUUAACGACCUCUGUUCCAAGUUAACCUUACUGUUUAAGUGUUAAAGGUUUAGCAUUGACUGCUUCCAGUCAAGUAAUCUUAAAAAAAAAUGUAAUGGCAGCAAUAGAGUGGUGCAGUGAUGACGUGUUUUU